AUGAUGCGUUGCAGCACGGUGAUCUUCGCCUUGACGAAUUGUGGGCUUCACUGGGUUUCGAUACGCUGCGGCAGACUGCUGCGUUUGGCAUCAUCGCCCACAUCCUCAUGGUUACAUGUCUUGCUGUGUAUCGUGGUGCUGCUUGGGGAGGCUGUGCUGGUCUUCGUGUUCUUUCUGAACGGCAACACCAUGCAGCUGACGCGGCGCCUCGCCGAGCGCGUCACGCGCCGGAAGACCCUCGCGGGCCCUCGGCCCUCGGCGCCGGCGCGAGGGGCGCCGGCCGCCGCGGCGGUGGAGCUGGUGCAGCGCAGCGCCACCAGCUGA